GACGCGCUGCAGGAUCUAUUGCACAGAGAACGGACACCGUUUGACAGUCUGAUACCGAUCUGGACCAAUAGUAUCUGCAAAAAUGGUUGAUGCUUUCUGCGCCACAUGGAAACUGGUCGACAGCCAGAACUUUGAUGAAUACAUGAAGGCACUAGGUGUUGGUUUUGCCACUAGACAAGUGGGCAACGUCACCAAACCAACAGUAGAGAUCAGCCAGGAUGGAGACAAAGUGGUGAUUAAAACGCUCAGCACCUUCAGGAACACUGAGAUCUCCUCCAAACUUGGAGAGGAGUUUGAUGAGACCACAGCUGACGACCGACAGGUCAAAUCUAUCUUCACCAUGGAAGGAGACAAACUCGUGCAAGUGCAGAGGUGGGAUGAAAAGGAGACCAAAUUUGUCAGAGAAAUCAAGGAUGGGAAGCUGGUGGCGACUUUGACUUUUGAGGGAGUCCAGGCAGUCCGCACAUAUGAGAAAGCCUAACUUUUCCAUCCACCUCCAUAUGCAAAUAAUUUAUCCACUGCAAACAAUCAACCAGGUGUUCUUUUUCAUAUAGUUAUGCCGUAAUUUGCACUGGAUUUGCUAUUGGAACAUGAGAUAAAUAUUUUGGAAAAUUAUUUUAUAAGAUCUUUUUGUUAGAAAUUCCCACUGUGAAGGGCCUAAACAUUUUCAAAAUGGAAAAAUAAACUGGUCGUCUAAA